UAGCUCCUGCCAAACUCCCAGACCAAGGCCACUCAUUGAGCCUCAGUAACAGAGCCUCAACGCAGCUACUCUCUUGCUUACCUUGCUGGCUGCACUCCUCAGUCUUAACCCUGGGCAGGCAGCAAUUCUCCCACCUUCAACUCACCCCUCCAUUCCAAAGACAACAGAAGGCACCUCUCCCAGCCUAGGGAGUGCACAGGUGAGCUCCCAAUCAGCAUCUUCAGCCAGUGACGCUGCCUUGAGAGCAGGCAGCCCAGCCCUGUCCUGGCUGGGCGGGACUCCAACGCUGGGUGCCAAGGCCACCGGGCCACUGCCGCUCGCCGACUGUCCAGCUUAGUACCGCAAGAAGUCUGGUACUCUUGGGACCAGAGCUGAAGCACCACCCACAGCCCUUCAUUUAAGUGGAGCAUUCGCUUCCCAGAGCCGAGACCCACGCGGGCUGGUGCUGCGCAGCGCAGAUAAACUGUGACUGAAAGAACAUGACUUUCCAAGGCGGACUUCAGGCUGAGGACAUCGGUGCUUCCCUUGGUGAGCUCUGCGUGUGUGUGCACUGUCCACAGGGGUAAACUAAGAGCCAGCAGAGCUCUCUGUCCUGGACCCAACCUGCCUUGAAAGCAACGAGGAACACCAAAUCUGGUACUUCCUCCUAGAACAGCUUCCAUCUUGCAUGAGAGAGAUUCUCUAAGCAUAGAAAAAGCAGACCAGCAGUUAUGGAGCAGGACAAUGGCACCAUCCAGGCUCCAGGCUUACCGCCCACUACCUGCGUCUACCGUGAGGAUUUCAAGCGACUGCUGCUACCCCCGGUAUAUUCAGUGGUGCUGGUGGUUGGCCUGCCAUUGAACAUCUGUGUCAUCGCCCAGAUCUGCGCAUCCCGUCGGACUCUGACCCGUUCCGCUGUGUAUACCCUGAACCUGGCACUGGCAGACCUGCUGUAUGCCUGUUCACUACCCCUACUUAUCUAUAACUACGCCAGGGGGGACCACUGGCCCUUCGGAGACCUCGCCUGCCGCUUUGUACGCUUCCUCUUCUAUGCCAACCUACACGGCAGCAUCCUGUUCCUCACCUGCAUUAGCUUCCAGCGCUACCUGGGCAUCUGCCAUCCCCUGGCUUCCUGGCACAAGCGUGGAGGUCGCCGUACUGCUUGGGUGGUGUGUGGAAUCGUGUGGCUGGCUGUGACAGCCCAGUGCUUGCCCACAGCAGUUUUUGCCGCGACGGGCAUCCAGCGCAACCGCACGGUCUGCUACGACCUGAGCCCACCCACCCUGUCUACCCGCUACCUGCCCUACGGUAUGGCCCUCACGGUCAUCGGCUUCUUGCUGCCCUUCACAGCCUUACUGGCCUGCUAUUGUCUCAUGGCCCGCCGCCUGUGUCGCCAGGAUGGCCCAGCAGGUCCUGUGGCCCAAGAGCGGCGCAGCAAGGCGGCCCGUAUGGCUGUGGUGGUGGCAGCUGUCUUUGCCAUCAGCUUCCUGCCUUUCCACAUCACCAAGACAGCCUACUUGGCUGUGCGCUCCACGCCAGGUGUCUCUUGCCCUGUCCUGGAGACCUUCGCGGCUGCCUACAAAGGCACUCGGCCCUUCGCCAGUGCCAACAGUGUUCUGGAUCCCAUUCUCUUCUACUUCACACAACAGAAGUUCCGACGGCAACCCCAUGAUCUCCUGCAGAAGCUCACAGCCAAGUGGCAGAGGCAGAGAGUCUGAGGUCCCGGGGGAGGUCCUGGGGCAUUGGCUGCAAUGUGCUUUUCACUGGGGCAGUGGUGCCUGAGGCUUUCUCUCAAUCCCAAACCAUAUAGAGAAGCAAAACUUGGCUCAACGUGCCUGGGCCUCCAGAAUUUCUACAUCAACCACAAAACUAAGACACCUGUGUUUUGGGGACUGGUUAAUUCAUGCUUGUUAUAUAAGAACUUAGGAUGUUGUGACAGGAUAAUAAAUUCCGGGACAGCCUGGUCUACACAGUGAACCCCACGGUGAGACCCCAUCUUGGAUGAUCAAGGCUUGGGCUAUAGCUCAGGAUGUGCUAGGCCCUGGAGUAGCAAUGCAAAUUCCAACAAAGGUCUUCUCCCACGACCUUUCUUGUAUUUACAAAGUGGAGGGGACCGUUGGUGCACCGUCAUGAAUGUAAGGGCAAGGUCCCUCUGUAUAAGAAGCCAAGGGAGCUCACGAUCACAUCCAUUUGCCAAGACUUUUGUGUAAGAGAAAAAUAAAUGUGUUUUUGUGGU